AUUCGCAUGCAGAAAUGAUCUAGGUUUUAUCCGCUGGAAGCGCGGGGCGCUGUUUGCGUGAAAAGAGACAAUGCCCCGAUGUGUUUGGCUGCAAAUCGAAAAUCGCCUGCCCCUGAAACGCAUGUGCAGGUUUGGAUUAACUGCUGUUAUGUUUUAAGGCACGGUUAGGCUCAGCUGCCUGAUCGAGGUUACAUUACAGCCGAGGGGAUGGUGGCGGAGAUGGCGAGCUGUGGAGCGGCGUGCUACCUGGAAGACGGAGACGGGGAGGUCCCUGCCCUGGUGAACAAAGAUAACCUGUCGGAGGGCGACAGCAGCAGUUCAGAGGCUUCAGGGGCGUCCACUGAGGAGAGCUCAGAUGAGGAAGAUGAAGAAAAUGAUGACGAGCAGGAAACUUCUGAAGGGGGCGCUGAAGACGAUGAAAAGGGAGAAGACGACAAAGAGGAACAUAAAAACGGGAAUUCUGGGUCUGAAGGAGCAGGAGCUGAGCCUCACGCUGCUGCUGUAAAUGGGAGAGAUGAACGACUUAAGUUAUGCUGUGAAAAAUGCAAAUCCGUCCAUCAGACUCACGGCACGGAGCUUGUUACUCCUCAGAGGAUGUCUAAGGGACGUUUCCAGUUGGCGCUGGAAGGAGAAGGAACGUACGAGUGCUCGGUCACCGGUCUGGUCUUCCAAGCAAGCGAGCCGGUUCUGGUGCGGUAUUCUAUCCUAUCUUGGUCCAAGUUUGGCUCCUUCCUGCCGAACUCCUGGAAGUUCGCCGGACCGAUCUUCAACGUCGACACCGUCAACAAGGACGCGUCCGUCCUCACCUCUAUCCAGUUCCCCCACUCCAUCUGCUUAGCCCAUCCAGAGGAGGACCUGACCUUCAGCGUCCUGCACGUUAAAGACAACCGUCCCCUCAUUGAGCCGACCGCAGACCACUCAGGAAGCCACGUGAAGUGGAACGUGACAUCCCUCUCGCCGGUCGGUCCCAUCAUUCAGAAGUCAGGGUCCGUGGAGCACCACGGGGUGGUUCUGGUCUACAAACAGCUCGGCAGCGACACCAACAACUACAGCUUCCACGUCUACCUAGCGACAAACAGCUCCUCCGACAUUAAAGAUAUAGGCAAACAAGUCCGGGGCUACAAGAAUCGAUACAUGAAGAUCGAUAAGCCUCCCACGUGUAAAUUGGACGAGGGGACGUAUCGCCUCGUGAGCGAGCCGGAGGGGGAGAUCAAACCUGAGGAGCUGAAGUUCACGCUCGCUGUGACCAAGAUGAAAGGCUACUUUGAAGCUUUCUUUGAGGAGCGGCCUCCUUUCAAACUGUCUCUAAUAGAGAUUAACACGGACGAGACUGUCUGGUCUGCCACCAUCAGAGAAGGCGACUGUGUGGACAACUCAGAAAAAAAGCCAAGGAAAAGGACAAUCUCUGGCAGACAGGGAAGCAGCAGCCACUCGGAAGAAGAAACGGCCUGUAAAAGACCAAAGUGGCAGGACGAGUCAGAUGGAGUGAAAGCAGGGAAGACUCAGGGUCAGGACUUGUCAGAGAAGCAGCUCCUGAAGAUCGCCCGUCAACUUGGAAAAGAGUGGAAGGAGGUGGCCAUCUUUCUGGGCAUAGAGAGUAAAUAUGUGGAUGACCUCCAGGUUGCGGAAAACUGUGUGAGCAUGCAAAAGCUGAAAAUGCUGUUGGAGUGGAAAAAAAGGCAAUCAGGAAAAGCUACAGCACACCACCUGUUGUACAGUUUGAAUGAUUUGGACUCCUUGUCGAUCGAGGUUCGUAAGGUACUGAAAGGUAUGACCAAAGAAUACACACAUUCUUGUCUUUCUUCCCCCUUCCUAACAUAAAGUCUUUUUUGUGCACAGCUAAAAUAGUUCUUGAUCAGUAGUUCCUUGAGCUUUCUUAAGGUUUUUGUGAUUUGAAUGCUUUUUUACUAACUUUCCUGACCAUUAUUACAUUUUAGCCAACUUCACCAAGCCUGUGCCAGAGGCCAGAUAGAUAUUUUUUUCUUUUUUUUUUGUAGCUACAGUUGGGUUGAGCGACAAACCUGACUCUGAUUCAAGCAAAAUUAAAUAAAGUAUGAAGAUGAUUAUUUAAAGUUUUGAUUUUCUUGGUUUGGAGCUGAAGAGGCUCCUCUGCCACAAUGUUGUCUGCUGAAAGGUGCUAGCUAACGACGAAUAUUUGAUUACCAAGCUCUGGGGUGUUUUAAUAAAACUACGACCUACUUACAUUAAGAGAAAGAAGGUUGUACUUUCUAUCAAUGACAAGGAAACUGAAGCAUCACGUCAUGUGGCACAAAACAGGUAAACCCCGCAAGAUCAGUCAAACAUGUAUUAAUGGAAGAUGAGGCAUAGAAAAAAAACCAUUAAUGAAAUGUUUGUGUGGGGCGGCGCAGUUGUCACAAGCAGGACUUUCAGUCAGUUUUCUUAUUGGUUUUGCGUGUCUCUCAUUACAUUUACUGCUUUAUGGAAAAAAAUGAAUACUUUUUCAAGGCUGAACUGAAUCAAAUUUAUAUGUUUUUUUUUUUUUCUGUUUUUAGGUAUGAUGGACAACCGAGCUGAUAAGUAAAGAAGAAAUGUGUUCAAAAACUGAAAUAUCUGUUGCUUCAUCAAAUGAACGCAACGAGGAGCUCAGGUGUGCAAUGAAGCAGCGUCGACCUGUGGACCAAACUUCAACUUUUUCCUUUUUGUUUCCAGUAACAUUUUAAAAUCUCCAUGUGAAUAAAUUCAGAUGUGCGCCUUUGUUUUCUGUGAAAAGUACAGACUAAUGAUGACGUCUUUGAGUAACUAUGUUUAUGAAUGACGCAGAGGUCGUUGAGAGGUUUGGUAGCUAUUUAUGUUGCCCAUAGCAAACGACAACGUAGGUGCUACAGUCCUGGAACUGCAAAAAUCAUGAACAGUUUAUUUUGUAACAUAUAAUGUUUCAGUUUAAGGUGAAACCUUGUGAAAUACUUAGUGAAAACAACCAGGCAUUAGAACAGAUCUGUGCUUCUGUUUAAAGAUUUACAGACUGAAUUUGUGUAUUAGAAGCUUUUAUACUCAUUUUCUUCCUGUCCUGUACAUAUCAUUUUUUUUAAACCAAGAUCUUUUUUUUUUUCCCGAAUUGUGGUUUAUUUUUCUACAUCUGUUUAGACUGUAUGUCUAUUAGUGUCUUAUUUUAUAUUUGCUAUGUUUGUGAGAAACUAUACAGAAAUGCAACAUGUCCAAACUGUCAUGUUUUAAUGUGGCUCAGGAGUUAUUUCCUUUUGUCUUCAGUCGAGAAUAAUGUAUAUUGUUUGUAAAGCUUAAACUAAUUUGUGUAUUUCAAAUGGAUACUGUAAAAAAAAACAAAAACUUCUUCUACUUGUUCUUGAUUUAAGGCUGGAUUUGAGUAUAAAUCUGGGAAAUGUUUUUCUGAAACUGCUUUGGAAAUUUGUUGCACAUAUUUAGAACCACUAAGGUCAGUAAAACAAACUUGACUGGACCAAACUCUGGGAGAUACAUUAAGUUAAAUUACUUGAAACAUUGUUUUGUCAACACUUUUACAGCGUAACUGACGCAGCCAUAUUUUUUACAACUGAAUCAUUUCUUAUGACGUCCAGAUAUUGAUUAGCAUUCAGAAAAGCAGCUUUACAGAAGUUACAGCGGAUGUUUUUAUUUGUCCUUAUUUUCGUCAGGUCUGAAUCCCUCCAACAAUUUUAUAAAAAUAAAAGUUGACUCUUAAAAUGAAUAAAACUUGA